AUGCGUUCGUUAUCCCUCCUCAGACCAGGCUUCGCCCCCCUCCUCGCCCGCCCCAUCGCCCCCCUCGCAGUCCGCCACAUCUCCUCAUCCCCCAUCGCCCGCCUGGCCACCCCCUCCAACUACACCGGUCCGACCCACGUUCCCGCAGGACAGCCCAAAUCCCCCAACCCCCUCGAGACCGGCACCGCCGAUGCCGUCUCUGCCUCCCCCUACCCCGACUACUCGAAAGGACCAUCAGCGCUCGACAAGGCGAGUCAGCUGUUGUUCUUGACCGAGAUUGUCAGGGGUAUGUGGAUCGUGUUGGAGCAGUUCUUUAGACCGCCGUACACUAUCAUGUACCCGUUCGAGAAGGGGCCUUUGAGUGCACGAUUCAGGGGUGAACACGCGCUGAGACGGUACCCUAAUGGUGAAGAGAGGUGUAUUGCGUGCAAGCUGUGUGAAGCCAUUUGCCCGGCUCAGGCUAUCACUAUCGAAUCUGAGGCUCGUGAGGAUGGAUCUAGGAGGACUACCCGAUACGACAUCGACAUGACAAAGUGCAUCUACUGUGGUUUCUGCCAAGAAGCUUGCCCUGUCGACGCCAUCGUCGAGACUCAGAACCAAGAGUUCUCUACCGAGACCCGAGAAGAAUUGUUGUACAAUAAGGAGAAACUUUUGAUGAACGGUGACCGAGCUGAGCCUGAGAUCCAGGCCAACUUGCAAUCUGAACACUUCUACCGAUAG